CCUGCUCACGACACAUGUAGCAAAUCCUCUGUUACAGGCCUAGCUUGAAGAUUUUAUGUGAUAACCUGCUGACACGAGUUCCUUGUCUUCAUCUGUGGGCGGCAAGUUAUUUCCAUGGAGACGCACCCGACAGCUGGCAAGUGGAAUAUUUAACCAGACCCCUCCGCUCUCCUCCGUCUGUCGUCAGAGAAGUCGAGCAGGACAUGAGGAUCAUUAGCCGCCAUAAUGUCCACCCUUACAGUAAGCGAGGUGUGCCCGACCACACAGACGGCCCGCCAGUCAGACGACUGUAUCACGGAGGUGAGGGUCACUCAGAUGACAGGCCAGUUGACUGUGUCACGUGCGGUCGUGAGGUGGCCAGGUUCCUACACAGUCUCCGUGUUGGUGUUACAGAGCGUGGGCCAGCAACAUCUACAACAGACACAUUUAUCAGCGGCGGCACAACACCACCCUGUCUACAGUGGAGAGACGUGCUGGUGUUGUACUGGGAUGACGUUAGUGACAACUCGGGUGUUGUGACGGGACUGCAAGAAGCGGGUAUCCCAGUGCGGAUGAUGAAGGAUGAUGACAUCGAGGACGUGGCCACGGCCCGCAGUGACGUGGUAUGGGUAGCCGGUGGACAUCGAGUUCGUGGUCUGGAGAGAAAAGUCAUCGUCUGUCUGGAGGAUCUUAAGUUGGAAUUGUUCAGCUCUAUCCGACUCGACCUCAUGUCUCGCUGUACGUCACAACUUGUGACUGUCUCCCCUGACAACUAGCCACCUGAAGACUCUCUCUACUAUUUUCCUCCAACGAUUCGAUUUGACAGGAAUGCACAAGCGACAAAUAAGCAUGUAGGGGGAGGCUUGU